AUGGGCACAAAACGAAAGCUCGCCGAGGGUCAGGUUGAAGACCUCACAUUCGACCCCUCCGCCCGACAGGAAUACCUUACGGGUUUCCACAAGCGCAAAUUAGCUCGCAAAGAGUCCGCGCGCGAACAGGCGAUCAAGCGAGAGAAGGAGGCGAGGGUUAAGGAGAGGAAAGCACUCCGCGACCAACGAAAAGAAGACCUCGAACAACAUGUCAAAGCCGUGAACGAGGAAUUGCGAAAACAGAAUGCUUUCGUCAAUGGAGAAGAUCUCUCGGACGAGGAUGAGGACGAGGAGUGGGAGGGCAUCGAUGAGGGCGCAGUCCAGGCUCAAGAGGCGGAGCAGUUGCCUGAAGAUGAGGAAUAUGUGGACGAGGACAAGUACACGACUGUGACGGUUGAGGCUAUGGGGGAAGAUGAGGAAGGAGAGGAAUAUGUGGACGAGGACAAGUACACGACUGUGACGGUUGAGGCUAUGGGGGAAGAUGAGGAAGGAGAGGAAGAUGAUGACGCGGCAGAGAAGAAGGCUGCUUCGGUUGCUGGGAAGGAGACUAAGAAGAAGAAGCCUUGGGGGAAAGGGAAAGAUGGAGAGAAGCCCAAGAAGAAGAAAUUCCGGUAUGAGAGCAAGGCAGAACGACAAGUCACUAGGCAGAAGCAGAAAUCGAAAGGUCGAGCUGCGAAGGCUCGACGGGAGAAAGGUUGA